AUGCACUCCAAUAUGCUCGGUGCUUCUAAGCUCGCGCUUCUUGCCCUCUUUGCAAUGCAAUUCAGCACCAUCUCUCUGGCUCAUCCAGCCUUGGAGCAGCGCGCCGCUCCCAUUGUCAUGGGACUCGCGAAGACCUUCGGUGCCAUCGCUGCAACGACACUUACUUCCACUGGUGCAACAGUGAUCACCGGAGACUGCGGAACCUGUCCUGGGACUGCCAUCACUGGAUUCGGUCCAGGAAUGGGAGUCUGCACGGGCAGCAACAACGCUGGCAACACCGCUGCCUGCAACGCUGAAGCAGCCUGCCUCACGGCUUACAACAACGCCGCAGCCCUCGUUCCCACCCAUACUCUUGCCACAGACCUCGCAGGCCAAACCCUCGUCCCUGGUGUCUACAAAUUCACAACCCUUAAUGCGAUCCUCUCCGCCACACUCAGUCUGGAUGGAACCUCGAACCCGAAAGGUCAAUUCAUAUUCCAGAUCCAGACCACAUUCGGCACUUCAGCUACCACAUCGAAGGUAGUGUUGAUCGGUGGAGCCCAGGCUUGCAACGUCUACUUCAUUGUUGGUUCUUCAGCCACCAUUGGCGCUGGGGACCUUCUGUGCCCUCAAUGGGGCCAUCACGUUGAUUGA